UACUACCAAAUGCAAAAAAGCGCGAUGAUGAGCACCUAUGACCACCACGGCAAAAAGAUAUCUCGGCGCUCUCGUGUAGCAUGUAAGACAUGCAACCGGCGCAAAGUACGCUGCGAUGUGACUCAAACAGGUCCUCCCUGCUCAAAUUGUGAGCACGAGGCGGCUGUGUGUGAAGUUCUGCCUCGAAAGAAGCACAAGCCGCGGGUGUCCCGAGUUGUGAAAGAAGUCACAAGUGAUAGAAGGGCAACGGAUGAGAUCGCUGAUCAAGUGCCAGAUACAGAAGGCAUUUUACCUGAUGAUAGCGCAUGUUCCUAUAUAGGCGAUACACGUGGUCCAAGGCAAUCUGUUUACGAACUCUGCCAUCCAAGUGUCCCUCAGGAGGAAUCACUUGAAAUUGUCACCCGUAACACGAUUAAUGCCAGUACUAAUACUCUCAAACCUCAUGAAGUGGAUUACAUACGGCACGAAGGGGGCUAUAAAGUAUUAUUACCUGAGGUCUGCGAUGAAUUGAUUCGCUGUUAUUUUCAUCAUGUGCAUUCGUCCAUGCCAGUUAUCGACGCACCUGGGUUCUUAAAUGAAUACGUGGAAAAUGGAAGUGGGAAUAUUAAUCCAUUAUUGUGGUGGAGUAUGCUUCUCGCAGCGACAAAUUUCGCGAGUCUUGAUAUAUUGCAGCGAGCAGGCUUCUCGUCGAGAAAAGCUAUGAAAAAGGCCAUGUAUACUAGAGCAAAGUGCUUCUAUGACCUUGAUCGCGGAACCGAUAAACUGAUUUUGAUUCAAUCAGUCCUCCUGAUGAGCUUCUGGUAUACAGACUCACAUGACCACACCGGGGCGUGGUACUGGGUUGGCAUCGCUAUCACCCUCGCCCAAGGGAUUGGAAUUCACAGAUCGCCGCAUGUGCAAUAUAGACACCGUGAAAAAAGCCAGGAUGUAUUAUCGGAAUUACGACAAAGACUCAUUCGUCGUAUUUGGUGGACAUGUGUCGUUCGUGAUCGGUGGUUGUCACUAGCUAAAGGACGACCGAUGCGCAUUCACGAUGAAGACUGCGAUUUGAGUAUUCCGAUUGACAACGAUGUCCUCCAUGAGCUUCAAAACUUAUCUUCGGGUGCUCACGGGAUAUUUAUACCGACUGAUAUAAUUCAAUUGGCUGGAAUGUGGGUUCAACUCGUUAAGAUAAGCAUCGCAAUGGGACGUGUUUUGCGUAUGCAUUAUCGGCUAAACUCUCCUAAGCCUAAAGCUGAGGACAUUGAUCAACUGGCUAUUGAGCUGUUCGAGUUUGAGCCAAGCGAAAGUUCGUCUUUGUAUGACUUGACGGACAUUCUGCUUCUUCAUAAAUAUCACCUCGAGCUAUUCUACCAAGCGAGCGUUACAGUACUCUAUCGGCCGUAUAUCUUAAAUGCCCCUGCGUCAUUCCCUACCGACUCAUCUGCAACCUGGCAGACGACAGCGCAACGGCGUGCUCGAACUGCAGCCUCAAGAACCAACAGCAUUCUGGAGAAGAUAAUCGACUUGGAUGCUGUCACAUUUAUAAAGCCUAUGAUCAUUACAUCCUUGAUCCCAGCCAUGCAAAUUCAUCUCUUUGAUUGUAAAUUGGGCAACCGGCUGCAAGCCAAUCUCGGCCACAACAAGCUCCAACUCUGUAUGCUGAUUCUCGAUAGUCUUCGCGAGACAUAUUGGAGCGCGGGAGUAAUGUUUAGGUUAUUCGGUCGCGCGCAGAACAUCCUCAACAGUCGCAGAGACUCGAGCAGUAUAAGAACCAAGCUACCGUCCAAUUCAGACAGUAGUUUCGCCAACCGAAACGAAUUCACCCCCAAUACGAGUAUGUCGGUCUUUCCGGUUCUCAACCAAGGCCACUCAGACUCUGUUGUUAUCGGUGAAGAAUUGUUGUCAAACAGCAACGGCGACGUGUCACCAUACUUUAGCAGCAUUGAUCAGCUUCUCAGCCCGGGAUUCUCACUUUCCGAAAGCCACGCGGACGCGUAUUUUAUAGGCUACCCAAAUACUGAAAUUAUUGGACCAGCUCCCAUGAAUUUGUUCUACGAUAUGUCAUAGAAUAAAUAUUAAUAUUUAUUUUUAAUCAAAUUUGUCUAUUUUAGUCGAUAGCCCCACAAAGCACAUUUCCAGUUUAACG